GUUGAGCGGGACCUGGGAGCGGGUGGGUGGGCACCAGUCUCGCUCAGAGGCCAGGCCUGUCCGGCGCCAGCAGGAGAGAGAUCGCGCAGGAGGUGAGAAGUUAAGAACUCCCACGCAAAGAUGGCUGACAAAGGCAAAAAGGGCAAGAAGGCGGCGGCGGGGGCACCUGCAUCGGCGCCCGCAGCUGCGCCGCCGUCCCCUCCUGCAGCUGACGAACCAGGGGACAAGAAAGACCAAGAGGACAAGGAGAUCAAGAAAAAGCCAAAGUCGGUGCAGCCCAAGGAUGAAGUGGGCACCAGGAAGGGGUGUCGCCGCUACAUGUGGGAAUUCAAGAAAGGCAAUAGAGAGUUCUGGGUGAUUGGGCACGCCGAGGUCAAGAUCCUGAGCUUGGGCUGCCUGAUAGCUGCACUGGUACUGUUCACGGGGACCAGCGUGCACCCUCUCCUGAUGCUCAUCAUCACCAUGGAGAUGUCCAUCUUCUGCUUCUUCUUCAUCACCUACACCCUCGCCAUCAACAGAUACAUACCCUUCAUCCUGUGGCCCAUUUCUGACCUUCUCAACGACCUGUUUGCCAUUAUUUUCCUUGUGGGGGCCGUGGUCAUAGCUGUGAAAAGUCGACAAACCAUGCCACUGCACUACUUUAUUGCUGUGAUCCUAAUUGGAAUGGCUGGAAUGUUUGCUUUAAUGGAUAUGUGUCUUCAAAGAAAACAUUUCAAAGGCAAGAGGCUCAAAACCAAUGUGCUGUUUCCUCCAAAAAAUGAACGAAAGGUUGAAAAGCCAAAGGAAGCAGAAAACCCACCAGAAAAGGCACCAGAAAAGGCAGAAAAGCCAAAGGAAAAAGUAAAGGGAGGCAAGAAAUGACGCAAAGGAGACCCCUGUUAUCAAAAGUGGCAGUGCGUUUUACGACAAAUAUUUCCAGUUUAUUGUCUUCUCUCUAGAAUGGUUUUCUUUUCCAUCCUAAUAACCAACUUUGCUUGAAAAAGAAAUUCCUCUUUAAAUGGACUUUAAAGCUUAA